AUGUCUUCGGAAAGUCUCUAUGUCUAUGAAAAAAAUUCAUUCAAUUUUCUUGAUACAAAUGGUGAUGGAAUUGGUGAUUUGAAUGGUAUUAGUCAACGUCUAGAUUAUUUAAGACUACAGUUCAAUAUUAAUACGAUAUUCCUACGUUGUUUAGGUGGUUAUAUUUGUAACAAUGGACCGCGGGGUGUAGAAGUUGCGCCUCAAUUAGGGAAUAUAGAAACCUUAAAUCAGCUAAUUAAACAAGCUAAUCAGAUGAAUAUUAAAGUAGAAGUCAUCAUAAUACUACGAACUAGUAUACUCGCUCUAUUAAAAAUACUCAACUAG